CCCACGCCGCUGCCGCUGAGCACGCAUCAUCUCUACUACCUGCUGCUGCACUUCGACUCCCUCGCGCUCCCCACGGGCGAUCUGGCACAGACGCUGCCGCCCGCACAGCGCGCACGGCCCGUCAGCUUCGCCUAUGUGCCCGCCACGCCGAGCCGCGGCGGCAUCGACGCAGACGCGCGCAGCAUCGCCGCCAGCGUCGCCACGACGGCGCUGAGUGCCGUCACGUUUGGAGCGGCGGGCUGGUGGCGCGAGAAGGAGGAUCCGAUGCGCGAUGGGCGCUACUUGUACUCUGCGCUGACAAAGAUCCCGUCACUCUCCCUUUCUCCCCCGCCCGUGCGCCUGCUUGCCGGCUUUGAAGAUGCGCCAGGCACAAGUCUGGUGCCGCUCGAUGUGUUCAAGACGCUCGCCGUGCUGAGCACCAGCGACGUCGACGUGCGCACGCUCGCGGGCUGGGACCGCCUCGCGUGCCAGCUACGCAGUCUCUCCUUGCGUCGCUGUGGCGUGGAAGACGUCGAGGAGGUGCUGUGCGGCAAUGUCCGGCGCGAUGCGCGCAGACGCAGAGGCGCAAAGGAUCGCCUCGCGCACGACGAAGAGGAGGAGCAGAUGCCCACUCUCGCCUGGCAUUUCCUCGCACAUCUCUCGCUGGCAAGCAACAAUCUCACCUUCUUUCCCUCCGAACCCCUCGUGCAUCUCGCGGCGCUCGUCUCGCUCGAUCUCUCGUCCAAUCUGCUCAACUCGGUCCCGCCUUCUCUCUCCAGCCUGCGCCACCUCGCCUCGCUCAAUCUCGCCGACAAUCUCAUCGACUCGCUCCUCGGCAUUCCCGAUGCCCUGCCGGCGAUUCAAUCGCUCAACCUCUCCGCCAAUCGUCUCUCCUCCCUCUGCGGGCUCGAGCGUCUCUCAACACUACGGCGCAUCGAUCUGCGGCGCAACGACGUGUAUGAGGUCGCAGAGGUGGGCCGCCUGGCGCCGCUGCCGCACGUAUGCGAGAUCUGGAUCAAGGGCAACCCACUCGAGGAAGAAGAAGACGAGCCGCGCAUCGCCAUCUUUGCUGUCUUUGCGCAAGAAGGACGCGAGAUUGAACAGCUGAAGAUCGACGAUGAAGCACCCGGCUUCUGGGAGCGCCAGCGCGUGACGAACGGCGUCGCCUCGCGCUCGUCGCGCAGAGGAGAGAGGGAGGAGACGCCCUCUGCCGAAUCACCGCCGCACACGCCGGCGGCAUCGAGCGACGAUGCCGCCGCGCAAGCAGCGUCGUCUGCGCCACGAGUCGUCUCGGUGCACCACGUCGUGCCGGCGGCGGCACAAAAGGCACAGAAGCGACGCGCGAGGCGCGUGGUGCAUCUGCACGACGACGCCGCGAGCAGCACGCAGCAGGCGCGGCCCGCCGCCUCCGCCGCAGCCGAGGCCGACGAGACGGCACGUGAGGAACAAGCGCGGCGCGCGCUCAGAGAGGAAGUGACGGAUGCCCAGUCGAUUGUGGCGGCGGCAAGGGAGGGGAGAUUGGGUGAGGCCAUGGGCCAGCGAGAGGAAGAGGCGAAUGCGUCUGUGCACGCCAAGAGUACACCUGACGCAGUUCCUCGUGGCGGCGCGUCGACGGCGAGCAAGUCGCAGGCCAUUGCCGGGCCUGCAGCGUCUGCAUCUGCCGAUGCCGUCAUCGUCGACGGCGUCAACGCAGCGCCAGCGCCAAGCUCCGAUGCAUCCCAUCCUCCCGCUCCGUCCAGUCCACGCACAACGACGUCGCACAGCGCCCGGCCCGCAAACCCACGCGCGCCACUCUCGGGCACGCUCACGCGCAAGGCCGGCGCCGCAGCGGCGCUGCUCUCCAGCGACUACGAGACCUCUGCGUCGCCGACGCCGGCGCGAGAUGCUGCCGCCAGCUCGCCGACGCGUCCACGCCCGCAGCGCGCGGGGAGCAGCAAUAGCCACACGCAGACGCUCGGGCGCAGCAACACGCUUCGUGCGCCGCCGGCCGCACGCGGCGACGAGGCAGCAGCAGCAGUAGCACAACGCCGUCCGAACAAAGACGCGCUGGCAAGACGACGCACGGAGAUCAGUGCCAGUCUGUACGCGCCGUCGUUGGGCGUCGCGGCGGGCGCCGAUGUUUCUGCCUCUGGCCCGACUGCGCCGCCUGCGGCGUCUGCGGCCGGCCCGCGCGACGCAAGCAAGGCAGCCGGCGCCGAGGGAGACUUUCGUGCGCGCAUCGAGCUGCUGCGCCGCGAGAUGGGCGAGGACUGGCUCACGGCCCUCUCGCGGGGCAGCGUCUACAUGGACGAGCAGCCGCAGCCGGGAGAGGAGACGCCGAGACAAUGAGAUACCCCCCCCCCCUGUG